AUGUAUGUAUGUGGUGCCCUCAAAACGGGCCACGUGAUAGAUGCGCUGGACCAACACGGGGGCCACAUCGGACUCUGGCAGGCGUUAUCUGUGCGCAAUAACAAAUGCCAACAUUUGCGGGGUGCGCUGGUGGACCCUGUUGUCGGCAAUCGUCGUACAACUGCACCACUGCCACCACCCCAUUGUUUUGUGGUCAAAAUCCUGGUCAUUAUAUGUGGACCAGGGGGUGCGGAGUGGAGCGCUAAGGCGAGGAUCCGUCCGAGCCAUCCACCUGCGGCCUCCCCCGUCUCCGGUCUUCUUGACUCUGUCUCGACACCGGGCUCAGGCGGGGGAGGAGGAGAGAGUGUAGGUAGAUGCUACGCAAGUCUACUGGCACUAUAAACCCCUGCGUAAGUCACCGUCCCUGCUCCCACAAUGCAGUCUGUGGGGCAUACGGUGGACAUCGUCGAAAUCGACGGUCGAACUGUCAUGUAUGUAUGUAUGUAUGUAUGCAUAUGUUUGGAGAGUUAGGGGCACAGCCCAUGGUGACCCUAUUUCUGUACAGUGCUUUCGCAUAUUCGUACUCAAAAAUAAAAUUGCACGCAUAAAUAAUGUGAUCCGGUCACAGUUCAAUCGUGAUCAUAAGGUAGUGCAUGAUGUCACUGUGAAUUAGUGCGGACUGAUUGUAUAUGACAGUUUUUUGCAAAACUGGCUGUGCGUAAUCAUGCUGAAAAGGCCGAUUUCUGUCGAAAACUAGGCGAGCAAGUUUUUUUUUUAACAUAAGAAUUGUGUCAGCCGUCACCACCUCGCUUCAAAGCGAGUUCCACGAUCUGACAACCCGCUGGUUGAACGAAAAUUUUCGACAGCCCAACCGCGUGCGCUCAUCCCUGACACUGUAGGCAUGGCCGCGUAAGUGGUUUGUACGGGGGAAACUCAAAGAAGUCCUCCGCUCUUAAUAAGCAACCCUGGCCGCGGACAGUCCGGAACAUCCAAAGUAAAUUACAGUUUAUUUUUCUUUAAGAGAGAGGGAAUAAGCCAAGCAAAUUCAGCCUCUGCUGAUAAGACGAAUGCUUAGGACCGUCGACCAUCUUUGUCGCUCUGCGUUGCACUUGUUCGAGUAAGUCGAUAUCCUUCCUCAUCCCUGGUGGAGCUGCUGGCAUUCCAUACUUCAGAUGAGGUCUUACAAAGACACUAAAGUGUCUUUCGAAGAGUUCGGGAGGAAAUAUUUUAAAUGCACGUCUGAUCCAGUGUAGAGUACUAAUUGCCUUCUGGACCAUCUUUCUACUGUGUUCUGAUAGCGAUAGAUUUGUGGUCGUCAAUACACCCAGAUAUCUGUGUCUUUCUACAGUUUCUAACCUCGUCCCGUCAAUAUAGUACUGGUGUUUGGGAGAGGCAUUGAGGCCGGGGUUCAGGUGCAAGACCACGCAUUUGGACACGUUUAACUUCAAAAGCCAUCUGUUCGACCAAGCACACAGUUUGUCGAUGUUAGACUGCAACGUCUCUGCAUCAUCGUCGCAUUUGACUUUACUCCAUAUUUUUAUGACAUCCGCGAACAUGAGGGCCUUACAAUUCACUUCGUUGAUGCAGUCAUUAACAUAAAUGAGGAAGAGUACUGGGCCUAAGACAGAACCCUGUAGGACACCACUUUCCACAUUUGCCCAUCCCGAGGUAUAGUUGCCAUCGAUGAUUAUUUGUACUCUGGAGGACAGAAAACUCCUGAUCCAUUUAAACCUUCUUCCUUGAAUUCCCACAUCCCAGAUUUUCUGUAAAAGAAGCCUGUGUGGGACACUGUCAAAGGUCUUCUUGAAGUCAAAAAAUAUGACAUCCACUGGAAAACCCUUAUCGGUAGCUCGUGUCCAUUUCUCGUGCGAGUAAAGAACACUCGUUAGGCAGGACCGCCCUGGACGAAAGCCAUGUUGGACAUCACACAAUAUUUUGUUCUGUCCCAGGUAUUUCACCAACUGUCUUUUGAUGAUGCGAUCCAUUAUUUUGCACGCGAUACAAAUAAGACUGACGGGACGAUAAUUUUCGCAGUCAAGUCUUGAGCCUCCUUUAUGGAUCGGAGUAAUGAGUGUGCAAUUUCAUUCUGCCGGGAGCUCGUCCUCUUCAAAUGACUUUUGAAAUAUUGCGGAUAAGGGUUUGCACAAUUCAUUAGCACGUUCACGAAGUGCUAGUGCGGGAAUUCUAUCUGGGUCAGGCGAUUUGGCAGGUGUCAACCGGAGUAGCUCGGCCCCAGCCAUGGUCGAUGAAAAGACUGGUUCCUCGGAUAAGGAGUGUGUAGGAAGGGGAAGGGUACUAGGAGGAGAAGUCGGUUGGCGAACGGAUGUAUGAGCAAAUAUAGAACUGGGUUCUCGGGUGAGGACGGACUGAAAGAAUUUAGAAAGUAGGGACGCUUUAACCUAGUUGUCAGUCUCCUCUUUUUCAUCUGCAGACCUAAGGGCAGGGAUCAGCUCCUGAGUCCUUUUAGUACUUCGUAUAUAACCAUAUAGAAUUUUCUGAUGCUCCAGCGAAUUUCGAAGUAUGUUCAGUUCAAACUUCCUUCGCAGAUUUGAGGCCUCACUUUUACAAACGUUUCGUUGCCUCUUAUAUUACGGUAAAUGUUCUUCGGAGCCAGUUAGUCUGUAACGCUUCCACAGACGAUUUCUAUUUCUGAAUGAGGUCUUUAAGUCCGGAUUUAUCCAUUUUGGGAGGUUUUUGAUUGUCUUUCUUCUGAGAGGACAAUUGGAACUGAAAGUAUUCCAGUUGUCGUUUGGCCGACCAUGCAGUUCAGUCUCCCAUUAUGCAACUGCCGCUUCCCUCCUCAUGAGAGAACAGUUCCCUUUCCGAAUGCUCCUCUCCCACCUAUCGGUUUGAACGGGUUUGGAAAACAGUGAGUACUCGAAGUAGAGCGUGGUGUGGUAGCUUGACCCUAAUGGCGGUCGGUCCUGCAGGUCUAACGCAUUUUCCUCCUCUCAGGUAAAAACAAGAUCAAGGCAGUUCGACUGCUGCCCUUCCCUGGCCCGUGUCCCAAGAGUAACAUUCUGGCAGAGAUGUUUGCCCUUUGUCCAUUGUAGUAGUUUGUGAUUAAAGCCGUCUUGCGGCACUUGUACAAUCCACGUUUGCCAAUCAAUGCCAGGAGCGUUAAAAUCGCCAACGAUAAGGGCAUCUUUCUUCCCACUGACUUUGUUAAGUUCAGUCACGAGCAUGAGAUCUUGGUCAGAAGUAUGGCUAAGUGAACGGCACACCACCAAAAGCGUCAAUGUUCGGACAUUCUUAGCAGAUAUGGUAACGCUCAGCAGUUCCACAUCCCGUACCAGGCUAUGUACAUCAGCCAUAGCGGUCAGCUUGUAAGUGAAAUAAACCAUGACUCCUCCUACUCCUCGGCUUAGUUUGUCUCUCCUGAAUUGCUGAUAUCCUCUAAGUGAUAUUUAUGAGUCUGCGAUAUCUUCAGCAAGCCACGUUUCUGUCACCACAAAAACAUUGCGAGUGUUCUGGACAUUAUUACGCCCCGGUACUUUGUACGAACUCUGAUUCCCCAUGAAAUGGAGCAGUGGAUAAGGUGGAUGCUCCGAAAUGUUCACUGCGUGCCACCAUUUCCCGUCCGCAGAUAUCAGGAAUUCUUCCACGUGAGUUUUACAACUUCUCUGCUCCACGUGAGAGGAAGCAACCCAUUCUCACUCAUAACUCCUCACAGUGCUCUACCUAAAUGUUAAAACGAAUAAUGAGACCAGCUGCACACUGAGACUGCGUAUUCAUUCCUCUGAGUUCCUCAAAUAUUCCAAUGUUACACUUGAAAAGUCUAGUUGGCAAACACGUGUUUCGGCAAUUCUUCGUCAGGCCAAUACAGUUACAUGGAGGAAUGAAAUUAUACAAAAUCAACAGUGUUUAUAGGUGUCUCAAUGGCUAUUAAGUCAUUAACACUCACCUUCCCCACGCCACCCGCAUGACGAGGUCGGCGGCUUUUGGUCCUCAGGGCCUAGGGGAGGGGUGUAAGAAAGUCUUUGAUUGAUAUUCUUGGAUUGAGUACACGGAGUAUUCAUCUGUGUAACUAGAUAUUUGAGGCGACAUGUCGUAAUCACUUGAGAAGAGAGAGCGCUUGUGUCAGGGUUUUCCGACAGCAUAACACUGGAUUCGCUGGUCGUAUAGCUACUGCCUCGGCCGUUGCUAGUAUCCGUUGGCGUAGGCCUUUAGAGAAGCUUGUUGUCCGGUAGACAACCUGAAAUGCUUCCUUAGCAUCGACUCGGUGAUUCGUAUCGACUGAAUGCGCGAGAAUAGAACUCGAAAUCGAUCGAGUUUUACCUCUGUCGAGCCAGACGGGUAUAUGUUCACGCACCCGCUUUACCAAGCGUCUCGUAUGGCCGAUGUAUCCCGCUCCACAGGAGCAAGUGAAUGAGUAAAUGUACAUUGAUGUGGCCUCCAAAGGUAGUCUGGGCCUUCGCACAGGCCCAUCAUCAGAGAUUAAAAAGGCGGCAUGUAGGAUGUUACAACCGACCCACACUGAACGUUACGCAUCUGCGGUUGACUGCUAAGGAAUCUGUGCGCGGGCGGAAAGUUAACUGGUAGGUCGACUAAGUCCUUAUCAGAAUUGCACCUUUAGUCACCUGCAGACCCGUUUUGUCACAAACCCAGGCAGAUAUGUUUGCGGAGGUCUUUUCAGGUGCGAAGAUCUGUGAGUUUGUGGGGUAUCUGUCAUACUGGGCCCAGUCUCUUGAAUAAUCUUAAAAAUUCUCGAGGGCUGUGAGAUCUUUAUAGAGGUCAGCCCGUACCUUCUCUUGGAGGCGUAAUGGCGAUUUUAUAAAUGGCGUUUCAGUCAGCACUGUUGACUUUCGUCUGGCUAACUUUGAAUGAGGAAUGAGGAAUUAUCGAAACGUAGGCUACCCUGGCCAUGGUGUUGCUUAGUCAUGUCCUGCUAUGUUUCUUCCUUUGUCUGUUGAAGUUCCGUGUCGUAUGCUGCUCUUGCUGCCUGUCCUCUGUAUGCUCGUCUGUCUGUUAAUAGCUAGACGAAACCCUCGCUGCCUUCUGCGACUGUCUGUCUGUCAGUCUAUGCCUCUCUCUGCUAAUAGCUAGGUGUUACGGUGCUUGACUUUGAGUGGUGCCCUCACUUGUAUCUGACUGAUGACUGUGUCCGCUUGUCUACCCUAGCUAGCUCUAAGUCCCAUAGCGUUAGGUUGUGUGUAUGCUCUCUCCUACUUCACUCCCUCACAUCACCAUCACCACCAAGGUCUCAGGCUAAUUCGGGUCGUUCUCUCACUAACAAAAAGUCGUGGCCCAUAGUGGAGUCCGGCAGCCGUCUGGGAUAACCGGGCAGCCCUGUUCAGGGAUGCGUUGCCUGCCCUCGCGAGGGGGAGGGGGCUAGAAAAGAUGCCCUAAAGAUCGCUCGGAACCACGCUGUCUGUAGGCUGGCCGUGGUCACAGACAAAAAACACACGGUCGAAACAGCCAAAACCGAAACAACAACAACAACAACAACAACAACAACAACAACAACAACAACAACAACAACAACAACAACAAUCACUCUCUUCCUCUUCCAGCCUAUUCUUCUUCUUCUCCUACUCCUACUUUUCGCCGCCGCAGUCGCCAGACUGGCAGGGUGAGCCCGCUCACAUUGGCAGCCUGGAAUGUUCGUUCCCUUUUAGACAAUCCGAGGAGCAACCGACCGGAACGGAGGACGGCGCUAGUGGCACGAGAACUGGCGCGCUACAAGGUGGACAUCGCCGCACUCAGCAAGACCCGAUUCUCCGAACAAGGCCAACUGGAGGAGGUGGGUACCGGCUACACCUUCUUCUGGAGCGGUCGACCCAGGGCAGAGCGACGGGACGCGGGUGUCGCCUUCGCCAUUCGGAACGACAUCGUGAGACGACUGCCCUGUUUGCCGCAGGGCAUAAACGACCGCCUGAUGAGCCUCCGCCUGCCUCUCUGGGGAGGCAAAUUCGCCACCAUCAUCAGCGCCUACGCUCCGACGAUGACCAACCCCGACGCCGUCAGAGACAAAUUCUACGAGGACCUGCUGCCCUCUUGGCGACUGUGUCGAAGGCGGACAAGUGGAUAGUCCUUGGUGACGUCAACGCCCGCGUCUGCACAGACCAUAAUGCCUGGAGAGAAGUGAUGGGUCCCCACGGUCUCCGCGGCUCGAACGACAAUGGUCUGCUGCUUCUCCGCACCUGCGCAGAACACCGCCUCAUCCUGACGAAUACCUUCUUCUGUCUGCCGGAGCGAGAGAAGGCCACCUGGAGGCAUCCUCGGUCGCGCCAGUGGCACCUGCUGGACUAUGUCCUCGUCCGGAGGCGAGAUCAGCGGGACGUGCUGGUGACGAAGGCGAUUGCGGGAGCUGAUGGGUGGACCGACCAUCGCCUCGUCAUCUCGAAGAUGCGUAUUCGCCUACUGCCUCGCAGGAGACCUCAAGGUAAGCGACCCCCAGGUAAGCUGAAUGUUGCCUUGUUGUCUUUGCCCGCUCACCAUCUUCAUUUCAGCAAUGAGCUAGCUCAACGGCUAGACAACCUUCCUAUCGCUGCCGCCGCCGACGACGCCGCCGACGACGCCGCCGCCGCCGCUGCCGAGAACACCUCCGUGGAAAACCGCUGGUGUCAACUGCGAGACACGGUCCAGUCGACGGCGCUCGCCGUCCUCGGUCGCGCUCCCCGCCAACACCAGGACUGGUUCGACGACAACGACGCCGCCAUCAGAAAUCUGCUUGCUGAAAAGAACCGCCUACACAAAGCCUAUCUAGAUCACCCCACUGAUGUCACCAAAGCUGCUUUCUACCGCAGUCGCCGCCAACUUCAGCAACGACUGCGCGAGAUGCAGGACGCCUGGACUGCUCGCAAAGCUGAGGAGAUCCAAGGGUACGCGGACCGCAACGAAUGGAAGAACUUCUUCUCUGCGAUCAAAGCUGUCUACGGUCCGCCGACGACGGGCACCGCUCCUCUCCUCAGCGCCGACGGCAACACUCUCCUGACUGAGAAGACGCAAAUCCUGCAGCGAUGGGCCGAGCAUUUCCGAGGCGUCCUCAACCGCCCCUCCGUCAUCUCCGACGCCGCCAUCGAGCGCUUGCCGCAAGUGGAGACCAACGUGGACCUCGACCUCCCACCUUCUCUCCAGAAGACCAUCAGGGCCGUGCAGCAGCUCUCCAGCGGGAAAGCACCCGGAUCGGACGCAAUCCCUGCUGAGGUCUACAAGCACGGAUGUCCCCAGCUGAUGGAUCACCUGACUGCGCUCUUCCAAGAGAUGUGGCGUCAAGGUGAAGUCCCGCAAGAUUUCAAAGACGCAACCAUCGUGCAUCUCUACAAGCUCAAAGGGAAUCUCCAGGUCUGCGACAAUCACCGCAACAUCUCCUUACAGAACAUCGCCGGGAAGAUCUUCGCACAAUUCCUUCUCAACCGCCUCAAUAACCAUUUGGAACAGGGCCUUCUGCCGGAAAGCCAAUACGGCUUCCGUCGUCAUCGUGGGACCACGGAUAUGAUCUUCGCCGCCCGUCAACUUCAGGAGAAGUGUCAGGAGAUGCGGACCCACCUGUACUCUACCUUCGUGGACCUGACGAAAGCCUUCGACACGGUGAAUCGUGAAGGACUGUGGAAGAUCAUGCAGAAAUUCGGCUGUCCAGAGCGAUUCACUCAGAUGGUGCGUCAGCUGCACGACGGUAUGAUGGCGCGAGUCACGGACAACGGAGCUGUCUCAGAGGCAUUCGCAGUGACCAAUGGAGUGAAGCAGGGCUGCGUACUGGCGCCUACCCUCUUCAGUCUUAUGUUUUCUGCCAUGCUGAUGGACGCCUACCGCAACGAACGCCCCGGGAUCCGCAUCGCCUACAGGACGGACGGUCACCUCCUGAAUCCACGGAGAAUGCACUUCCAAUCGCGCGUAUCCACAACCACCAUUCACGAACUCCUCUUCGCCGACGACUGCGCCCUAAACACCACCUCGGAAGAGGAGAUGCAACGGAGCAUGGACCUGUUCUCCGCCGACUGCGAGAACUUCGGUCUGGUCAUUAACACGCAGAAGACGGUGGUGAUGCACCAACCACCACCCAACUCAGCCACAGCCCCCAACGCGCCGCCGCAAAUCAGUGUGAACGGAACCCAACUGCAGGUGGUGGAGAACUUCCCGUAG